AUGGUCCCACUCAGUAACCAGAGCGCCACCUCUCCCACAUUCUUCCUGACCAGCAUCCGAGGACUGGAGGCAAGAAACAUCUGGAUCUCCAUCCCUUUCUGCUUCCUCUAUGCUAUUGCCGUCUUGGGAAACAGUGUUGUUCUCCUUGCGAUUGUGAAGGACCACAGCUUACACAAGCCCAUGUACCUCUUCCUUUCCAUGCUGGCUGUGAGUGAGCUGGGGGUGUCCCUCUCCACUCUGCCCACGGUGCUGGGUGUCUUCCUCUUUGAUGCCCGGGAGAUUGGGCUUGACGCUUGCCUCAGCCAGAUGUUCUUCAUCCAUUGCUUCUCCCUCAUGGACUCUGGGGUUCUCUGGGCCAUGGCCCUUGACCGCUUCAUUGCCAUCUACAACCCUCUGCAGUAUGCCACCAUCCUGACAAACAGCAGGAUUGCCAGAAUAGGCUUGGGGAUAGCUGUGAGGAGUGCUGUCCUAAUGACUCCGUUGCUCUUUCUUUUAAGAAGCCUUCCUUUCUGCAAGUCCAAAUCCAACCUACUUGCUCACCCCUACUGCCUGCACCCCAACUUAAUCCGGCUCCCCUGUGCAGAUACUACAGUCAAUAAUAGAGCUGGGCUCUUUGUUGUCCUCACUACCUUUGGGAUUGAUUCCCUAUGCAUUAUCUUGUCUUAUGUCCUGAUUCUUAAGACUGUCUUGAGCAUCACCUCAAGAGAAGGACACCUGAAGGCCCUCAACACCUGUGUCUCCCACAUCU